CUGCUAGACAAUUCAUUAACGUUCAUUCGUCCCAGUGCCAUAAAACACUCAUUCGUCCUCCGACGGAAAAUUUAGUAGUUUGGAAUAUUAUUAUUCGCCGAUUAUUUAAAUAAUGAGACCUUUUGAUAUGGAUAAUAUUUUGAGACCGGGCUCUCUGCAGCUCCCUGCUCCUGUUGCUGCUGAUUUGUUUAAUCCGAAACACCUGUCUUACUUCUCGGCCAAACCUUAUGAACCCAGCUUUGCGAUGCAGACUAGCAAUUUGACUACGGAAGUCAGAAAACAGCCAGAAACGGAGGAACGUCACAUCGGAUGCAAAUGUGGCAGAUCAACGGUUGAAGCAUCUAGUCCGGAGUCAGUUCCUGACACUGAUUCUAAUUACAUGACUGGCUAUGAGACGAAGAGAAAACCAUCCCGAUCAGUCUUCGCUCCUUCACAGAUAGGGUUCAUGGAGGGUAUCUACCAUGGAGAAAGCAAGACCUAUCUCACAGCAGAUAACCGGAGACAGAUCGCUAAGAAAACCGGACUAUCAGAAACUCAGGUUAAGAGAUGGUGGCAGAACAGGAGACAGAAGGACAAGAACAGACUGAGGGACAGUCUCCAGAGCCUAAACCACUUCCUACCCUCCAUGAUGUACACGUGCGAACCCAAUAGGAACUACAACCACACCUACUCAGAUCGGGCACUGAACGACUCACUGGCACACUUGACAGCAAGACGAACUCAGUUUCUGCUGCAGGGACCAAACCAUAAUAUCAUUACCAGAACCUGAAUAACCCAACAACGCCAUGUGGUGUAUCCUUAACACAGCUCAUCUUAUAUCCUGGACUUCAUAGAUUCAGUUAAAGCUCAGAUAAGCAAGCAGGAAGUCAGAUUUUGCUGAAGAUUACUACGGGAGAUGUAAUGAACUUCCAGGAUCACGCGAAGACUUAGAAUUGUUAGAUAAGUCAGGACACUUGAGCGUGAAAUCAGACAAUCAGAAUAAAAACAUCCGUGACAAUUAAAUUGGAAUCAGAAAGUUUUAAGAGAACUUUAAACUUGAGAUC